ACUAACUCCUGGCACUUAAAGCUCGACAACUCUUAAAAGGUUUUGAUUUACCAGUCUCAAUUGACAGAAUAGGCUACUGUGCUGCACCCAGCUUAACUGUCUUUUUUACCCCUGUUAAUUGUUUAUGUUUUAUCUCUUCUUCCUGUGACUCGUUAGCCGUUGAAGCUAAGUCGCGAGCUAACUUCUCGAUAGGGAACAAUGACAGCGACUUCUGCAGGCAGCUUUCUCGCUGCUAAAGGACUGGACAUAAGUCUGGCAGCUCUACAGCGACAAGACCCAUACAUUAAUAACAUUGUGGACGUGGCAAGCCAAGUCGCUCUGUAUACUUACAACAACAGGACAAAUGAGUGGGAAAAGACAGAAGUGGAAGGUACCCUAUUUAUCUACACAAGGCUGGCGUCUCCCAGACAUGGUUUCACUAUUAUGAACAGACUCAGCAUGCAGAACCUUACCGAGCCGAUCACCAAAGACUUGGACUUCCAACUCCAGGACCCCUUCCUGCUUUAUCGCAAUGCACGGCUGGUUAUCCAUGGGAUUUGGUUCUACGAUAAGCAGGACUGUCAACGCAUUGCCCAGAGGAUGACAAUUUUGACUCAGCAGGAGCAGGUCCUGGCUCAGUCUCAGGGUGGUUGGCUGUCCCCAGGAGGAGGAGGAGGUGGUGUAGGUGUAGGAGGAGGAGGAGUAAAAGGAAGAGGAGGAGGAGGAGGAGUAGGAAGAGGAAGAGGAGGAAGUGAAGGGAAGGGAGUAGACAUCAUCCAGAUGCUGACCAAAGCACACACAGAGUAUGACAAGGAGAAGUCUACUUCAGAGCCAAAGGAGAUUGGCGGCAGCAGUGUUCUUUAUGGAAACCCCAACCUGAUCAAACCAAUACCUGUUAAACCAAACACUCAGGACGGUGAUGGUGCUGAGCCCAAGCCUCUCUCUCUGGCCACUCUGUUCGGCUCUCAGCAUCAUCACUCACCUAAACCUGAGCCGGUCUCUCCAUUGGCUGCCCCUGGGUCGGGGUCAUCAACGGGGAAAGUAGCCCGCCCGCCCGUAGCCCGUACACUGACCUAUGAUACCACAUUGGGAUCUGGCCGAGGUGUUGCACCGGGGUGUUCAGAUGGUGGAAAUAUUGUUGCAGGCGGGCUGCAGAGUUCAGCUGCUGCCCAUCAGCAACAGCAACAGCAGCACUGCCCCGCCAUCCAGAAGCUCAUGCAUGCACAGAGAGACGCCGGGGGGGUCGUCGGAGUUCUUCAGACUGUGUCCGAAUCCCCGGAGAACAGGCUAUGUGACAACGGGGUGCCACUGGAGCAGCAUCACCUCCACCAUCAUCUUUACCACCAUCAUCAGCAGCACCAUCAUCAUCUUCAUCACCAUCAACAGCAACAGCUUCAACCCGACCCGAUCCAGAGACUUUUCCAAAGCCACCCACCUCCUCCCACCUCCACCUCCUUCUCUGCUGCCCCUCCUUGUUGUUCCAUCCCCCUUCCUCUGCAGAAGAACCCCCUUCUCUCCGGCCAGCCCAUAGUUGUGGAUUCUGUGCCAUGUUCCCACCUUCAAGUGCAACAAAGUCAGCAGCUGUUUUUCAGCCUACCUAUGCCUCAAUCAGAAGCCCAGCACAACAACCAAUCAGCUUCAACUUUACAGGCAACAGGUUUGCUGCCAUCUCAGGUGUCCAAUGACCAAGUUCUUCAACCUACACAAGGGCUGUCUUCCCAUAUGCCAGGUGUGGUAUCACCCCAUGAACUGCUCCAAAAGCUCCAGCUGGUCCAACAAGAGCAAAACCUGGCUUCCCAGGAUCCCCCUCGGCUCUGCCCAGGGCUGGCCCCUCGAUUCCUGGGGCCCACUCAAAGUCAAGUUGCAGGCUCAAUUCUAGGUCCAGCCUCAAACCAGAUUACAGCAGGUCAAAAGGCUGCGCUGCAGUUUCAGGUCAUCUCCCCCCAGCGGAUACCAGCAACCGUGGCCCCAACCAUGCUCCUUUCUCCGAGUGUAUUCACUCAGUCGAAAUCUUCUCCGCUGCAGAAGGAGAUCAGAGUUCUGUCUAAAAACCAGCUCCAAGCCACUCUGCUACAUCUGAUCCAGACUGACAGCUCAUUCCUGGACACCAUCUAUGAAGCUUACAUCAGCCGCUUUGCUAACGACUCCAGCAGCAAGUACUGAUGACUCUUCACACCUUCUGUCUAUACAUACACCCUCUCCAGAACAGCAAGCCUCAUUCUCACACCUAAUAUGGAUAUGGAUGUGCCACUUCCUCCUCAGAGUGUCCCCACUGGUUUAGACCCUAGCCAGUCAAACCAACUAUCUUCACUUUAAACCAGGUUUCUCUAGUUACAACAAAAAAGCCAUACGGACAACUUAUAAAUGUUUUUAUUCUCAUAUCAAAAUGUCAGCAUAUCUUAGCCUUCAUCUUCAUAUUCUGUACUCCUAGUCAUACAGUCUUGACUUUACCUGUAGUUAAGGGGAAAAUCUAGCCUACAGUAUAUUCUAAUUCACUGUCAGUGAAGACAAAAGAUGCUUUUUCAAAAGUUUGAAUUUAGUAUUAACCUGCACUAUUUGUUUCCACCAAGUGUAGACAUGUAGCAUUUUAUUUGUUUUUUACCUGUUUUGUUUACUCCUUCACAAUCACCAAACACCAGCAAACCCACUGGGCUUUAACAACAAAAACAUUUUUCCUAGUUUAAGAACUAGUAAAGGAAAUACAUGCUAAAAACUGACUUGAUUUAUAAAAUGAAAUGUAAAACAUGUUUAACAUGAUUUGUUUUAUGCACAUUUGGAAAAGUAUGUUUGAAUGUUGUCGGAAUUUUUUGGAUUUGAAUAGACAAUUAUUUUAAAUUAAGUUCUUAUUACUAUACCUACAAAAGAAUUUAUAAGUAUAUUUUACUAUCCAAUUGUUUUUAAAAUAAUUGAAAUGAUACAAUGAUGUCAUUUUGAAAAAGUAUUUUUUUUUCUUUGGUCUGUAUUUUUCGGUAACUGAAUGUUGCCACUAGACUUGUCAACAUGAAACGGAUGUAAGUUGUUCACAAGAAUAAGUCAGCCUGCAGCAGGUCAAAGUAUAUCCUCUUAUUGUUAAUAUGCAAUGCUAACUAUGCUAACGGAUGGCUAAUCAAGCCACAUAAGUGUGUCUCAGUGUUUUAAAGGACCGGUGUGUAGGAUUUAGUGACAUCUAGUGGUGAGGUUGCAGAUUGCAAUAGGAGGAGUAUUUCAAGCAUGUCGGAGGAUCUACACUGCCCACGAAACCUGUGAAAAACGCGAGAAGUUCUCUACAGCCAGUGUUUGAUUUGUCUGUUUUAGGCUACUUUAACAUGGCUCAGUGGAAGAGGACCUGUCCCCUAUAUAGAAAUAAACGGCUCAUUCAAAGAACACAAAACCACAACGGUUCUUAUUUUCAGGUGAUUAUUCACUAACGAAAACAGCGUCAUGAAUGUUAUAAUUCAUUUCGGCCAAUAGAUCCCCUAAAUCUUAAACACUGGUCCUUUUUUUUAAUGAGAGAAAAAUGUUCUUCUUUUUAAGUUAAGUCGUGGUUUGUUGGGUUUUUUUCUGCCAUUUUUUGGGAUAUUUUUAUUAUAAAGAAUUCAAAAUGACAUAUUGGUAUCUAUCCAACUUGGAAGAAACAAGGACACUACAGGAGAUUGUCAACCUGCACUACCUCACAGAGAGCUAGUUCAGAGGUGUACCUGUGUUUUUACUUAAUUGACAGUGGAUAUGAUUAAACAGCUUUAAAGGUUUAAGUAUUCAGGUCAGGAUUUUUUUGACUCUGAUCAUCAAAAGGGAUUUCAUGAUUACAGUAAAAAGUAAAAUUAUUAACAUUUUAUCACAUCGAAAAAACAGCUGUUGGGCCCAUUUUUUUCAUUUUCUGGCAGAGCUGUUAUUGUAAUUGAAAAUGUAAUGAUCCCUGCCAAACAAAACAAUUUACACAAAUCCCCCCCCCUCAGGUGUAUUAAGACAAUUUAUUGAUCACUUUGUCUUUUAAGUGACGAAUUAUAUGAAAAGUUUUAUUGAUUGUAAAUCCAGCUGAUUAAAUAAUAGAGACUAGAUAGAAAGCUACAGAAAAGGUACAUUUGAUUCAGAGUUUACAGGUGCUUUUCUAAGCCAAGAUGCAAUGAUACUAUAUAAUAGUACAUGCUAUAAGUUAUGUAUGAAAAGCCAUUUCACGUCAGUCUGUAAAGUGUUUAAUUUAGUCAGAAUCAACAUUUGCAGUUUUUUAGCCUAUGUGCUAGCCAGUCUUUGUGGUAGCUGCCUGAGAGAAAACACACACACACAGGAACAGAAAAAAAGAAAAAAAUACAUUUCAGAGAAAAAACAGAUUAUUUUUUCUUCCUAUUUUUGUACUCAAGAAGCAAAAUGUAUCGUUCUCGCAGUUCAAAUAACCAGCAUGUACGUAAUGUUACAGCUAAAAUAAAAAGUAAAAGUUCAUUCUUAUACAACAUAUCUACAGUUAUUUGCUAUUUUCUUACAUUUAAAUUCAAAAAUAUGUCAUCUAUUAUUAUACUUUUUUAUUGCAUUGUCUUUAAAAAAAAAUAAAAAAAUCAGACGUCGGAAUGUCAAUGGAAACAUUUUUACACAAGUUUUAUUUCUUUUUGUCGGGGAAUGUUUUGCUCUUGCAUAAACUGGAAUACAUUUUUAAUUGGAUAUUAAAUCUUCUCA